GCUGUGAUCUCCCGGUAACCGCUUAGCCCCGCCCAUUUUAGAAGCCCUUUCAUAGCUUUCUUCCCACUGUGCCAUUUGAUGCGGCCUGUCUGCAGUUAAAAUCGGAUGCUGAUUAUUGAAUGGACCUAUAAUUACAUUUAAUAGCUCAAUGUUACAGUUUUCGCAUGAUCUAUAUUUCCGUCGGUACCGAUGAUUUCAACCGUUAUCUUACUCGCACUCCUGGCUGUUUCGGCUGAAGCGGAAUUUUUUCAGUUCGGUAGCAUUUCAAAUGUGUCUACCUAUUAUUUCAAUUACAUCUAUUGCAAUAUCUGGGAAGGGGACUGUCAGCCAAACCAGGAUGAUGGAACCCAACAAGUGCCAAGUGGGGACAUUUGGUCAGGGUUUCCCCAGUACUACACUGGCAUGCUGACUGCUUGGUAUUGUAGCAUGGGUCAGUGCUGUGAUUCAGGGGACUGUAGGAUUACAAAUAAUGUCACCGGUUUAGAGAGAGAUCUUCAGCUAAAGCUCCAUGGGCAACAUCUGUCUCAGUCUGUGGUUCUGAAAGCGAUUCAAGGCUUCAUCAAAAACCCAGAGUCAAAUAAACCACUGACUCUCUCCUUCCACGGUUGGUCUGGGACAGGCAAGAAUUUUGUGGCCCGCAUAGUAGCAGACAACCUUUACCGGGAUGGUAUAAAGAGUGAAUGUGUGCGUUUGUUCAUUGCCCCGUUCCACUUUCCUCAUGCCAGAUUGUUGGACGUGUACAAGGGCCAGCUGAGAGAAGCCAUUCGAGACAUGGUUCUGCGGUGCCCACAGACUCUCUUUAUCUUUGAUGAGGCAGAGAAGCUUCAUCCAGGACUCAUUGAUGCCAUAAAGCCCUACAUGGAUCACUAUGAUAAUGUGGAUGGGGUCAGCUAUAGGAGAGCCAUAUUCCUUUUCCUAAGCAAUAUUGGUGGUGCUGCCAUCAAUGAGGUGGCACUGGAUUUCUGGCACUCGGGACAGAACAGGGAAGACAUCGGCAUGGAGGACUUGGAGCAUCUUCUUCGGGCUGAAGCCAUGGAGGCAGAAGGAGGUUUUGCCCAGAGUGAGCUCAUGUCAGGCCAUCUGAUUGACUUCUUUGUACCAUUCUUACCUCUCGAGUAUCGGCAUGUGAAACUGUGUGCUCGUGAUGCAUAUGCAGCUCGUGGCCUUCAACCAGAUGAGGGGACGCUGGACGAAGUGGCCAAGGCCAUGUUGUAUAUACCUAAGGAGGAGAAGCUCUUCUCUGCACAGGGUUGCAAAUCAAUUCCUCAACGGAUCAGUUUCUUUCUACCAUAACGGAGCAUAACUGAGAAUAAAGGAACAGAGUAUACUUGAAUAAAGCAGAAAAUAAGCUGCUAAUAUCUUAGCUGCUAAUAUCUUAAAUGCUAAAUACUUGUUUCACAACAUUGAAAAUGCAGAAGAAACAUAGAGAUUCAACUCUAUACCUCACAAUCUUGAGACUUAGGACAGGGAGAAUGGAGGGUUGUCCAUGGCAAACCUUACUCUAAUAGUGUUUUAAUUUAACUUUUUACCUACUUGUAUUUGAUUGAUUUCUCCCAACCAGCUUUACAGUUUACAUAGUACAUUGGCUUGCACUAAAGUUACUUAAGUUCUUAAAAAUGAGCAAAGAGCACAUCUACUGUAAUGCACUUGGAUUGAAAGCCAAUAAGGCAAGAUAAGUGAAUAUCUUGAAGGUAUAACCAUAACACUGAUUUACAUGUGUUUGCUUGUGAAUGAUCAAAUAGAAUCAAUUAGCAACUCAAGUAUUGACCAGCUAAAACAGUAAACCUGGUUACUUUUGCUUGUUAUAUAGUAAGGGACACAAAAGGGACUUACAUAAUUAUCCAUAAGUCUGCAUCAUAAUUUGCAUACUAUCCAAUAAAGUAAUAUGCAAGAUAAGGUUUAGUGCAUCCCAAAUCACAGUGCACUGAUAAAUGUAUGGCAAAGGGACCGGUAUACUGUUUCCGGUGGAUUUUUUUGCAUCUUUUCAUGCAUCUUGGGCUAAUAAUGCUGUGGAAGAGGGGUAGUUUGUGUCGAUACAUUUUACUGAAGAAUUCAUGUUAGUGCUUUCAUUUUAAGUGCAUUACUGUAAAUGUAUUUUGCGUUCAAUUUUUACAAUCUGCGGGACAAUUCAGAGUUAUUUUUGGUGGUAAUGACGGCAUGCCAGAUAUGUUUUCGAUGCAGCUGAAGUUGUAUUUAACACGUAAUACUCCUUUGUUAAGUACGUUGUACAUUUUUUGGGAUCAAAUUAAACACAUUUAUGGUAUUAUUUAUUGUCAUGUGCAUUUUCAGGUUACAGUGUUCAUGUUGUUGUUGUUGUUGUUUUAAUGGAUCACAUCGGGAAUUGUCACGUGCACUUCUUGUUUAAAUUCAUAAUAUUGAUGUUUUCCAUUUUUAUCACUCUCCGUUAUAGUACAAUUUUAAAAGUGAUGCAGUUGGGGCUGAAGAGGUCCCGAUAAGCCACUGAAGAUAUCUGAUAUCUUUUCAGAUAUCUGAAUUGUUUUUUUUGUUGUUGUUGUUGUUUUUUUUUACCAUAGAAUGCAUAUGUGGGUCAAAAAUUACCUUGUGUCUAUUUUUAGGACAUACAUUUUACAUGAAGUGGUCUUUUGAUCUGCCACUCAAGGUAUUCCUCAAUUAUGGUGUUUCCUAUCAUGUUAAGUGACUAACAUUUAGCUGAAUCAUUUUUAACUUAUAAGAGAAUUUGCAUCACUAUCCCUAUGUGGGUCCUAUUUAACCCAUAUGUGUAUCCUAUGGAAUUCAAUGCUUUAAACAGCUGUUUUUUUUUUUUUUUUUUUGUUCAUUUAACAUUUAUGUAAUUAAAUAUAUGGUAAAUACCAUGUUCAUAUUUGUAUGUGUAGUAUGCAAGAAUAGAAAGUUGUCAUUCAACCAAUGCUUAUAUCCAAAAUGCUUGAUAUUACACCCAUUACAGGGGCAUAUUUCAUGGAGCAACCUUAGGUUAAAUGACUAGUUCAUGGCAAGGGCGCAAUGGUCAUAGCUCUUGGACCACUUCUCAGUGUGGUUUGAACCUGCAACUUUUUUUUUAGUAUGUCUCACCAAUCAAAUCAACAGAAAUGGCUAUGGCUACAUAGGGUAAUAUAGUUUUAUUUGGCAAUAUAGAGUACUUAAGGUUUAGCACAAUUUUUUUAAACAUUUUAUCCUUGUCCAUUGUUCUUAUGUGUUGUUGAGAUAUUUCAUAUUUUACCACCAAACAUGGAAAUUGCCCAUAUUUCAGCUUUUUCACCCAAAACUCCUACUCUAUUUUUUAUGUUUCUGAAACUUC